GUAUCAGACAAUACAAUCAAAGAGUACACUUGAAGAAGAAUAGUAGCUAGUUAGUUGCCUUUCCAGCAAGUAGGUGAAGCCAAAUGCUAACUGUUCUGUUUUUGUCGUGAUACUCAAACUAGGAUACUGGAUAGCUAGCUAUAUUACUAGCAAGCUAGUUGACUAGCCAGCACAAACUACUUUUCCUUUUUUAGGUUCAUAUAAAUAGCUAACAUUCGCGUUCAAGUGGUCAGCUACCCAAUAACGUUAAUUAGCUAGUUAAUUUAUCUGGUCUGGCUGAAUACGGACACAGGGCAAUGCCGGUUCACUCUCGUGAAAAGAAAGAAAGUAACCAUGAGGAUAUGGAGGUUGAUUAUCCGGAGCAAGAGGGAAGCAGCUCCGACGAGGAGGACACUGAAAGCUCGUCCGUUUCUGAAGAUGGAGACAGUUCAGAGAUGGACGAUGAGGACUGCGAGAAGAGACGAAUGGAAUGCUUAGAGGAAAUGACCAAACUAGAGAAACAGUUCACAGAUCUCAAAGACCAGCUCUAUAAGGAAAGGCUAAGUCAGGUGGAUGCUAAGCUGCAGGAGGUAAUAGCAGGGAAGGCACCAGAGUACCUGGAGCCCUUAGCCAACCUGCAGGAGAACAUGCAGAUCAGAACCAAAGUUGCCGGGAUCUAUCGAGAGCUGUGCUUGGAGUCUGUAAAGAACAAAUGUGACUGUGAGAUCCAAGCUGCAUUCCAGCACUGGGAGAGCGAGAAGCUGCUCCUGUUCGACACGGUGCAGAGCGAGCUCGAGGAGAAGAUACGGCGUCUGGAGGAAGACCGCCACAGCAUAGACAUCACGUCAGAGUUGUGGAAUGAUGAGCUGCAAUCCAGGAAGAAUAAGAAGAAAGAUCCCUUCAGCCCAGACAAAAAGAAGAAGCCAGUUGUUGUAUCAGGGCCAUAUAUAGUUUACAUGUUGCAAGACUUGGAUAUACUUGAAGACUGGACGGCAAUUAGAAAGGCGAUGGCAACCUUGGGACAACACAGAGUAAAGACGGAUGUCUCCACCAAGAGUGACAAGCAUCAGCACAGUGCACGGUCAGAAGAGGGGCGUCUGUUCUAUGAUGGCGAGUGGUACUCCCGGGGACAGACCAUUUGCAUCGACAGAAAAGACGAAUAUCCAACAAGUGCCAUAAUAACCACCAUCAACCACGAUGAAGUUUGGUUCAAACGCCUCGACGGCAGCAAAUCCAAACUGUACAUUUCUCAGCUCCAGAAAGGCAAAUACACCAUAAAACACCCCUAAUGCUAGCCUCCCCCCCCCCCCGAUCCAUUCAACACAGGUUGAAACUUGUGGCAGUUGCAUACCUUACUCUUAAUGGGUGUUUAGAGCGGAUGGUUGUUCCUCCCCAGGGUUUAAUUUUGCAAACUGUUCCACUGCAUGGGUUUCAGUUCUCAGCUCUCGUAGCAUGUGUGCGUGCUGGUGCAUUAGUGUGUGCUUGUUUGUUUGUUGUGGGUCAGGAAUCCUCAGGCUCUCCACAGGAGAAGAUGGAGUUCAUUUUCCUCUGCCUAGAGGUCAUUUUGGAGGGAAGGAUGGAAUAUUUUUUUGACACUUUAAAAGCCAAAAUUUUCUUAUGUCUUUUGCUUGUAAUUUGCUGCAUGAGACAAUUAUGGACCAAGUCUUAAAAGCCUUAUAGAGAUCUUUUACCUGUAUUUCAUACCACAGGAAGUGCGUGCCAAACUUGAUUUCCAUCGUAGUCCUGCAAUGGCUGUGUAAAAAGAGCUGUCUUCCUCCAUUGUAGGUGCCUGGGGUAAAAGGUUGAUUUUACCUCAUGUCAAGUAUUGACACUAUCAGCAUAUUCUGUUUUUUUUCAAUGCAGUAUUUAUCUGUUUGUCACUGCCGUCUGUCAUUGCAAACAGCUGUGAUUGUCCUGCUUCAGUCUGUGAAUGUGUAUAUGUUUUAUCCAUGGUAAGAGCAGUCUGUUCUUCAGUAUGUGAGGGCUUUCUACUUUGCAAUGAUACUGUACAAGCAAUGUAAGUAGUCCUGUGGAUUAAUCAUUUAGCUUUUCUCCAGAAGUUUUGUACAGGUCAUUAUUAAAUGGUUAUAGUGGGGUGGGGGUGUUAUGUUUAGGUUUUCUUUCUGAAUAUUUUUUGCUACAUUCACUCCUGUUUUAUUCAAGUCAGUCUUUUUGGUGGUGGGGGGGGGUGCUUUUUUUUGGAUUGCACCUGUCCCAAGAAGACUCAGGACAAAUGUACUUAUCGUUGCCUUGAUAUUCAGCAUUGUUCUCUUCAUAAGAGAUGGACCAUUUAAGACAGCACCACGUGUUCAGAGAGGCUUAGACGGCACAAGGAGGCCUUCCUAAUCAUGAGCUGAGGAAAGCCUGGGCCAGAGACUGGCAGAAGAGCGGGAACAUCAGAGCUUCGGUGGUUUUAUUAACCUCCAGUGCUUGGGCACCAACACAAGAGCUGCUAGAGCUACAAGACAAAUCAUCUCCGGUACCGCUACCAUUGAGAUUUCAAUACAGGCCUACUGGGAGGUUGUCUUUGACUGAAUAUAUUUUUGUCAUUGGCGUGGUUAUUCUGAAAUGUGCCGUUCGUGUACAGUGUGUUCAGCUAUAGGUUUUGGAGCUGAGUUUGUACAGUAUCACCACAUAAGGAGUUGUAUGUUCACAUGGCUAUAUCUUUUACGUAGUAUUGUUUUGACUGGUUAUUGUGCAAGAUCAUAUUAAAAUGGUCAGCUACAUGGCUGAAAAUAUGAAUUGUAUGUGUGCAAAUCUAACAUUAGUCCUUCUGAUUGAAUCAGGAUACUUUGUGAAAUGGGAGAGGUUGGUUUAUUUGGGGUGGUAACAUUAAUGUCGGUAUUUCUUGAAAAGAAAAUGGAAAAUGUUUUUGCUUCUAAAUGUAUAGCUGUGAAAAUGCAGUCUAUAACAAAUCUGAUACAUGCAAGGAUAAAGGGAUUCUUUGGUAAAUAAUGUUCUGUAUUUUGGAGUUUAGAAAUGCUUCAAUAUAGUUGACCCAUGUACAGAAUUUUUCUUUUGCAUAGUUUAUUAGUCACAAAAAAUCAGUAUGUAACUGAUAUUUUCACAAACUGCGCAGCAAAUCUGGAAUAUAAACUAUUGUGUAAUCUGUAAACCAUGUUACUUUAUCGAAGCAUUUGUUUUAUUCAUGUAAACAUUAAUAUGAUGCAUGCACAAUAAAAUAUGUUUAUGAAUUUAA